AUGGGUAGUGAAGAACGGCCUAAUAACUCUACGGUGCCUUGUGAACGUAUUUUCAUUCAACGUGAUUAUUCAUCUGGUACAGCAGUACGAUUUCAAACUUUACCAAUGCCUUUACAACUUCGUGGACGUAUUCCUCCUAAUCGAUACGCUGAUGCAAUAGCUCGUUUGAAUAAAUUAUUCGAUGAAGCUGAAACAAUUAAUUCUUCUGUUUGUCUAGAGAACUUAUUUGGUUGUUUAACAGCAUAUCUGAUAUUCUUAUGCAUGAAGACACAUUAUGACAAGGUAUUGCAUAAAGUGACUUUAGCUGUUGCGGAUUUAAAUGAGAAAUUAUUUUUACCGAAUGGAUUACUUAUGAUUGACCCAUCAGAACGUGGACUUAGGGUAAUAGAGUUAUGUAUAUUCCAUUCUCAAUGA